CUGUGGUACGAACGAAAAGCCAACGAGUAUCGAUCGAGUGAAGGGGGAGAUCUGGGCGUUCGGGCGUGAGCAAUGUGUUCUCCAGAGUGUCGUCCGCUGAGGAGACCAAAGCUGGGCAUCCCAGGCUUUUACCCUCAGGGAGAGAAGCAGAGAGAGGAUGAGCUGUCGCAUACUGCCCUCAACAGCGGGUUCAGGUUGCCUCUGGCCGUCCAGGAUGAGGGUGGGUCGGCUCUGAAAGAGUUUGGACAACAUCUGAACACAAAAGAGUACUCCACAAGAGUCAACCAAGUCCUGGAGACUAAGAAACGGAGUAUCUGGGUCCAGGACAGUCAGAAAAGAAAACUGCCCGUCACAAAAGAGAAUUUCUUUCUCGUCACUCUCGGUCGGACGAGGAAAGACAUCGCUCAGUCGUGGUUCCAGAAUUUGGCAGGAAAUAAACCUCUCUCCCAGAUGGCAAAGAGGGUGCCAGUUUUCAACAAAAAAGAAGAGAUCUUUGAAAAUUUCUGCGAGAGAGACGUGCCCAUCUUUAGAGCUGUCUGGUACAUCAAGAUGACAGCUCUCUACAACUCCACAAUCCCAGACUCAAAACUCAACAAGAAGAAGCAAAGCAACGGACCUUCUUUUGAUUGGACUCUGUCACUGUGCCACUACAUGCACGAGAGGGCGUGGCGUGCCAGCGCUGGUAGCGGUGGCGGCUACUCCAGUCGGGCGUCGGUCAGCAGUGGCACCUCAGGGGGGGUGGGUGGGGGACCUUCGGAGGAGAGCCUCGCCGAGAUACACCGCUGGAAGUACAUGGUCAAUCUCUCUGGCUGGCUCUAUGAGGAGAACUUGCUGGACAGACAUGAGUUCCUGAGAUGGUUGGUGGCAGAGAGGAUUGCAGAUCACGUGAAACAGCAAGACACAAAGUCACUCCAACUCUACCUCUCUCUGGUGCUCAAGUAUUUGCUGGAUAUCUGCAGCUGUGUGUCCCUCUCUCGAUCACUAAUGACCUUCUGCUCCCAGAAGCUCGUCUCGCUCUACGAACUGAACCAGAGACUGCAGAAAACCCACAUGCCCCCCGCGGCACUGACGGCCCCCUCGGCCUCAAUUUCCACCCCCGGAAUCGAGAUCAAAGUGGAACCCCAGCUGGGAACGCUCAUGGAAACGAACCAGGACGAGGACAGUGUGUUUAACGACCAACCCUCCGUGAAACAAGACCCAGAUGGGAAGAGGCAACGACAGGGGUCAGAGAGAAGACGAACACUGAGCAUCUCGACGGGGAGCAAAGGGACAAACGCCGCGGCAAGUGGAGCCAUUCAGAAAACAGGGGACAGGUCGGGGGAGGAAAGAGCGACGUUGUAUUUCAGCUGGUGUGGUCAUCACGGCUCACUCCUGCUGCAACUCUCUAGUGUUAUACAGACCGUUGCCGUCCAGUGCCCAACUGCCUUUGUUCACUGCAGCGUGAAGGGAUCCAGCAAAGAUAGAGGAGGUCCACUGUUGUCACAGUUACCAGUCAGUCUGGCUGAGCUCCCAAUGCCCCCAUCUCUGGAACCAAAACUACACAAGAAGUUGAUGUUGGUGUUGCGAGCCACGGAGCAGGAGGUUCAGCAGAGGACAAAGGCAGCCGAGAACGGCUGGUCUGCACUUACUGCUGCCGACCUCCAAACCACUUCUGAAGGAGAGAGUGUUCAGCAGGUGCUGAAGAUAAUUGAGGUUCUGGACGGACAUUCCUUCACCCGUUGCCGUGGUCACAACCCCCUCACUGUCCUCUAUUCCAAGCUCUGUACCAUACAGUCUGAAGCUGAGGCUCCUCUCAGUGAUAGCAUGCUGACGAUGCUGCUGUGUGAAUGGGCCGUCUCUCAACACCGCACGGGACACCACAGACCCAUGGUGGUGGCCAAGCUUCUGGCCCAGCGACAGAGCGACCUACUCAAGUUCGAGGGAUGGAAAGUGUGCGGAGAUCUCGUGGCUCUAGACGAGGCAUGGGAGGAGGCUCCGCCCCCUCCCUCUGGCGAGAUCAGGGACUUCCCCUUCCAGCAGGCCCUGUUUCGUUUCCUUGACAGCCACGCCCCUCUUCCAGGUGAUCUUUCAGCUCCUCUGCGAUCCACGGACCCCUUCUUCCAUCUCGUGUCCCUCUUCUCCAAUCUCAUCCAGCACAACGUGUUCUCCCACUCCCUCUACCUCUCCCUCCUCAUCGCCAAGGGGGAGGUUCGCUCCCCCAUCAUCCCCUCCCUCCCCUUUGCCAGGGAGGGAGAGAGUCUCUACCACCACCCGAGACCGGAACCGGAAUCGGAACUGAGUCUCUCGAUAUCGCUCCCCGUGCUGAAGAAGCCUCGGCUUGACCUUGGUCCGGGGGGUGGGGUGGGGCGAGGGACGGCGGGGAGGGUGGGAGGGACACGCCCACUGGUUCAGGUUCUCCUAACACCUCCGGUUUCAGAUGGCAUCAGCAUAUCUGCCAUAAACAUGAUGGGGGACAGUGGUACCUCAUUCGGCGGGAAACCAGAGGCCGCGUCCGACUGCAAGGUCGGGGAAAACGUCGCGCUCCUUCGCCAGCAGCAACUGGACUCUCUCCUCACGUCGGACAUGGGACUCUCUCGUCUCGUCUCCCCACUUCCAUUUAACCCCCAAGAAGACCCGACCGUCUCACCCAUAGCUCCAGUCCUCUCACUCUUGACUGGAAACAGCUCAAUUUUCAUGGAAGAAGAGCAGAGCAUCGAGCUCAGCAUCAACAAACACUCUCAGCGGCAUUUGCUCUACACAGCCUACUUUCCUCUCAUGGACACCCGCCUCACCAAACAAGAACUGAGCGAGCGCUCCGUCGUCCUGUGCGGGAUCGGAAAGUCGAGAACCAAAGUCGAGAAGAUUGUGAAAGGGAUCAUGGACAAUGUCGAGCAUUAUUUCCGUCUACUGCAAAAUGUGUCCUCCCCGGUCUUGCCCGAUAACACAGGCUGUCCGAAUCUAAUGCAGAAAUUUCAGGUCCUCCCCGUGUUCGAGCAGUGUGUCAUAGCAACCGAGUGCGAGAAGCGACUGCGAGCGAUCGUACGCAAGAACCGAAGCUUGUCAAACGUGUCCAUCUGUUCGGCGCUCGUCUUUGUGUGCGAACUGCUCGAAAUCUCCGGCAGCGUUUCACAGAUACUGAAUCUUUUAGUCGACAUCAUAUCGAGUGACGUUUUCAACGAGGAAGAGGAAGAAAACCAGGAGAAGGAGAUGGAAAAUUCGGUCAUCACUUAUCCCCCUCUCCCUCCCGACCUAUGUCUGCCCGUGACCUGUCUCCUGCGAAAAUACCUAUCCUGCCUCCUCCUCUCUCAACAGGACACCAUUAUCGUCUUUGAAAGCCUCUGUCGUGUCUUGGAAGGAGUGAAGCAAUCGGCUAAAAUCUCAUCCUCACAGAAGACAGUUUUUCUCUUUCUUCAUCAUCUUUUCUCCUGCUGCAGUUUCAUACGGAAAACGUGUUACUCCCUGUUCCGGCCGCUCCUGAAUUUGCUUGGCAACGAGAUGUUGAUAGAGUCGUACCCGCCUACCAACAGCGAGACACCAUUUCAGAGAACGGUCAUAUCUGGCCAGGUGACCAAACCAAGUGAGUGUGACAUUCGGACAGUUUGUCACUUCAUCAGAAACAAUCCUUUUUCUUCGUAUCAGAAGACCAUCUGCUUUUUCGUCACCGACGUCUUCUCCACCGUCACUCAGAAGAAUGCCAACAGUCACACUCUCUGUGAUUUGGCCCACGUGUGUGCGGAGGUGUCGUGUAACAUCGGAGUGCUGGUGAACAAGGAGUUAAUGGGUGCAUUCCGAGCACUCUGUCUCCCCAUGAACAUGAUGAAAGCCUGUAUGACCGGUUUCAACCACCUCACCAGCAAGUCAAACGUGAGGGCUACCCUGGAAACUCUGACGGCACAGGAUUGGGUGAGAGAGAAAUGCAUGCAGCAGUCGUCGCGUCUUCUCGAACCAGAUUACCUUGGAGACACCACCCUGACUCCCUCCCAGGCUAGAUAUCUGUUGGACAUGCUGUGUCCGUGUGUCCCGAGCAGCUCAUCGGCAGUUAACGUUGAGAAACCUCCUCCGCUCCAUUCCAUGGAGAGCACCUCAGCUGUCGCUCAUGUCCUGAAGAACCUCAGUCAGUGGACUCUCAACAACUCGCUGGUUCACAUAAAACUCCACAUCGCUCAGGCGGUCUCCAGUCACACGCGACAAUCUCUACUUGAUGACCUCGCUUCUCAGGUGAUUCAAGUGUUUGAGGAGUCAUGUGGCAGCGAGUGGGCAGGACAGGGGCAGACGGAGAGUCCCUCGGACAGCGGGGACGGCGCCUACAGCCCCAGCGUGUGGCUUGUGACUCCGCUCAUAUCCAAACUCCAGCAGGUGGUUCUCGGGCGAGUCCUCAAGUGUGCCGGCCACGUUCUGGGUCAGGGCCAGUGGUGGAACCCGGACAGGGGCCAGGAGAAAAGACGCUCCACAAGAGCCACCAGCGGAGCUGUCCCAGCCAAGACAGGCCUACAGUGGCAGCAGCCGUUCCUCCAACUGGUCCUGGCCUGCAUGAAUGCUCAGGCCACCACGCACGAAGAGCUGCUGGGCCCUCUCAAGUCACAGCUACAGAGCUUUCUCGCUGCCUUCGAUAAGGAUGGAAUGCCAACCGACGAACCGAGCAAGUCAAUGCUGUACGCAGCUCUGAAGCUAAGGCUAAGCCUGGUAGGGUCUAUGCUGGGUACCAUCUGUAGUUCAGAUACAACUGCUCUGGACUGGACCACGCUGCUAAUGCAGCUCAUCUGCUCCGGUGCUGUGGACAGACAAACCGACAGCAGCGAACUCUUCACAAACUGUCUCGAUAUGCUCGCUACCCUCCUCCACUCUCUCCCGACCUCGUUCCACAUCUGCCUGGCCGGCAGCGGAGAAGAAGGAAAGAAAGUCUACAACGUCUGCAUUAAGAAACUGAAGUCAGAACUGAGUGGCGCAAAGUCCUCGUGUCUCUCUGAGAUUCAGCAGCUGUUUCCACUUGCCGAGAGACCUUUUGAGGGUCUCAGGAUACAGGAUAGCCGUGAGAUUUCCCCCUGGGAUAUAAUUGAGGGGGUCAAGAAUUCCGGCCCCCUCAUGCUAUCGUGGUUUGGAGCGAUUCGGAUGAAGAGAAAGCCGCUCAAGUACGCCGAGCAGCGACGAAAUGUUCACUUCCACACCCAUCAGAAACGGUUCGGGGACAUGGUCGGGAAACGACACUUUGUGAGUCUUCCAGAUCCCGCGCCGAUCUCCGAUACCGUGGCUGCCAGUGGCGACGCACCUGCCCAACUGGAAACCCCGACGACCGCCACCAGCAAACUUCCCGGCGCUUCUCAGCCUUUGCAGCCUCAGGAAUCCGGGCAGAGGCCUGGGGUGCCGACAGGGGUCAACCAAGUUCCUCUGAAUACUGCCCCAAAGCCCGAAACAUCAGCUCCGCCAAUGAUAAUAGGACCUCGCCCCUCAAUCCGUCCCCAGCAACCUCAGCAAAUUUGGGGACCCCGAGGCCCCAUGCAACCUAACCAACAACAGAGGAUGCAGAUGACACUUCGGAGGAUCCAGAAAGACCAGCUGGAGCAGCAGCGAAGAUUCGUACCAUAUGGGGGACACCCCAUGGCAAGACCUUCUCACUACUCGAUGAUGGGUCAGAUGCAGGCGCGACCGCCGCACAUGGGGGCCUACGGUGGGAUGAGUGCCAUGCAGCAGCAGCAGCAGAGGGCCAGGCUGCAGAUGCAGAUGCAGAUGAUGACCCCCGAGCAGAGACAGAUUUACAUCCACCGGGUGCGCCUGAGACAGCAGCAAGCAGCGCAACAGCAGGCGGCAAUGAACCCGGGAAUGAUGGGGGCGCCUCAGUACGGCGCUCAGUACCAACCGCAGCACCCACAGAUGCAAAUGCAAGCAGUGCAGCCCAUACAGGUUCAGCAACAGAUGCAACACGGCUACAGCCAGCAGCCGAUGAUGGUUCAACAGCAGCAGUAUCCCCCACAGCAACCGGGAGGACCAAUGAAUCCCAUGCAGAGACCCAUGUACUAAGAAUUUGCACCUUUGUCCACUUUCCCCAAUUUUAUGAUUAUGUUUAGCACCU